AUGUCGUCGCCGGACGCUAUCGUGGGAGAGGGGCCGAGCCGGGAGAGCGUUCAGAGGGAGAUCAGAGACAAGGUCUCCAAGCUGGAGGAGGGACUGCAGCAGCUGGAGGUGUCGAGGGAGGGACUCGCGCGGAACGUGAACGAGGUAGGUCGUCCAGGGAGCCCGUCGAUACAGGGAGAUGUCCCGUACGUCGAUCUUUGUUACGGUCACGCUGACCCUGGUCGUGAUGCUGACCCUAUUCCUGACCCUUAUCCUGACCCUGAUCCUAAUCCUGACCCUUAUCCUGACCUUGAUCCUGAUCCUGACCCUGAUCCUGACCCUGAUCCUGAUCUUGAUCUUGACCCUGAUCUUGACCCUGACACUGACCCAACCCUUAGCCUAACCCUAACCUCAACCCCAAACGUAAACCUAGGCCUAACCUAG